CGCCGCGCCGCGCCGGGGUCCUGCCGUCCUGGGUCCGGCUGCGCGCGGAGCGGGCUCCGGAGGGAAAGUCCCGAGACAAAGGGAAGCGCCGCCGUAGCCGCCGACCAUCCGGGCACCUUCCGCCUCGAUCCGGGACACUUGCCGGGGGCCGCGGCCGCGCUGAGAGGGACUUUGAAUAUGUCUGGAAUAGCCCUCAGCAGACUUGCACAGGAGCGAAAAGCUUGGAGAAAAGAUCAUCCUUUUGGCUUUGUAGCAGUACCUACGAAAAAUCCAGAUGGCACAAUGAAUCUCAUGAACUGGGAAUGUGCCAUUCCAGGGAAGAAAGGGACACCAUGGGAAGGAGGUUUAUUUAAACUACGGAUGCUUUUUAAGGAUGAUUAUCCAUCUUCACCACCGAAAUGUAAAUUUGAACCACCUUUAUUUCACCCAAAUGUGUAUCCUUCUGGCACAGUGUGCCUGUCCAUCUUAGAGGAAGAUAAGGAUUGGAGGCCAGCAAUAACAAUUAAACAGAUCUUGUUAGGAAUACAGGAACUUCUAAAUGAACCAAAUAUUCAAGACCCAGCUCAAGCAGAGGCUUACACAAUUUACUGCCAAAACAGAGUGGAAUAUGAGAAAAGGGUUCGAGCACAAGCCAAGAAGUUUGCACCCUCAUAAACAUCGAUCUUGUGGCAUCUUAAAAAGGAAGGGAUUGGUUUGGCAAGAACUUGUUUACAAAAUUUUUGCAAAAUCUAAUGUUGCUAUGUACAAUGACUAUUCACUUAGGGGAGGGGGUUGUGUGUGUGCCAUUUUCCAUUUUCGCCACUUGUAUACAGUUCUGAAUUCGCUGAAUUGCCCCCAGUUUUUUCAUACAGGGUCUCUUCCUUCAGUCUUUUGUAUUUUUGAUUGUUAUGUAAAACUUGCUUUUAUUUUAAUAUUGAUGUCAGUAUUUCAACUGCUGUAAAAUUAUAAACUUUUAUACUUCUAUAAAUUCCCUAGUAUCUAGUUUCCUUUGCUCUCUGAUGCAGGCAUGCUUACAAAUGUUUAGAACUCUAUUUAGCCUCUAGCUGGCUGUAUGAAAAAAAAAAUUCAUAACCUCACCCUUUCCCUACCCUUAAUUUGUUUUUCUAUCUUUCAGAGACUAGGUUAUAUUGCUUACAAGCCCCAGAGAUCCAAAGUCAGCCAGCAUCUUGUUUCUGCAUCACUUCCUUGUGUUUAUAUGGCGUUUUGUCUGUGUUGCUGUUUAGAGUAAAUAAACUGUUUAUAUAAA